ACAGAUGAACCCGACGUUAUACAAGACAUCGUCCCACAAAAUGUUAUUGAAGAGGAGGAAAGAAGAAUAAACCAUUUUGCAGCCUUACUCACGGGCAGAUCCUCACUCGAUCUUCGAAACGACACGAUGCCGAAAGAUUUAAACAAAAAUAAUGUAGUUGCUACUGGCAGGUUCACCUUUCAUAGAAGAAAUCUUCAUUACUCGUUCUAUAUAUCUGAAAAAGCUGCUAGACCAAGGUCGUUACAUUUCUUGGAUAACCAAGGAAAUAUUCUAGAAGAGUUCACUUUGUCACAUGCCGGUGGCUUGGUCAACAGUCCGUACCAGAAUGCAACGCGUAAGGUAUGUGGAAUAUGGAGAAGGGUACCCAGGGAUUACAGAAGACUUCUUAAGCAAGAAAAGAUGUACGUAGUGCUAAUAUGGGGUACAAAGGAUUCAGAAUUUACACUUAGUGGUAAACUUACAAAAUAUGUUGCCCUUGCCAGUGAAUUAUUCAGUUCACUUCUCGAACCAGCUCCGGGAACAGAUUCCGCUAGAAUGGCUGGAUCUGGAGGUACUGCCUUAGUGUCAACUUCAUCCACUCCUUCUCCUUCUGUACACGUAGCUGUAAUCUUUAAUGGCUUAUUUACAAGUGAAGAAUCUAUGGGAGUGCCUAUUAACGUGAUGUUGGCCUUGGAUGAAAAGAAACAAAUCAUUAUUGAAGGGAAUAUCAAAGUUAACAAACCCGCCCCAGACCUAAAUCUUAUCGAACUUAGUUCACCAGUGUCCCUGGCAGAUCUUCGUUCUCUCUCAAGAGGCAGAGUCUUACUGACAGUUUCAUCAGUUUCUGAACCAAGCGCUUUAAGGCUAAGUGGUAGCAUUAUAACUAAAGUGACUUGUGAAAUUUUCCAAGCACUCUUGGUUGGUGACAGAGAUUUAACGUCUACCAGUAAUGGUCUAACAUGGAUGUAUCUUAACAAUCAAGGGGCAUUGAUUUACAAUAUACAGAUAGACAACAGAAAUACUGACCAGCUUCACAACGUUACCCUAACAGAUGCAAGUGGUAAAAGAAAAGCAGAAGUAUUAACUCCUUAUUUUCAUACAGGAGUAGCACAUGGUUCUGAAGACAGACUGGUUCAUAAGAUUUUGGAGCCUCUUUAUAAUAGUAGACUAGAUAUGAGAAUAUCUGUAGGCAAUAGCAGUUUACAUGGACAUUUGAACUCUAAAUUAGUAGCAGAUGCCCGUGACGGUCCAGCUCCAAUACUUCUCAAACGUGAAAAUUAUUCUCUACCGUCAACAGUUGGCGGUAUAGCUUGGAUAUCCGUAGACAGCGAAUGUCAUAUUCACUACGACCUAUCAAUUUCUGGUCUAGGUCAUGAAAGAAAAUUAGAGUUGUAUUUAGAAAUGUAUCCGAUCAUAGCUCCUGGCGCACCAGUUCUAAUAAAGACUCUUGAAGAAUUUGAGGGUAACCAAGUGGAAGGUAGUCCAAUAGAUGUUUUAACUAAAGAAGAACUCGACAUGUUGGACAGUGGAGUGACAUUUGUUAAAUUAAAGGAUUCACUACAUAAAGUAGUGCUUCUCUCAGCAACUCUUCCAAAGGUCAAGCUGCCAAUAUCUUGCCGAUCUCCAUAUCGAGAUAGAGAUAAUAAUGUCCCAGUAAUCUAUGACAUACCUGGAGUUGGACACCCUACUGAAAGUUGCUUCUUCGAAGGAAAAUUUUACAAGAAAGAUAGUACUUGGGUAUCCAAAAAUCCAUGCCAAAUGUGUUUUUGUCAAGACGGUCAACCUACUUGUGAUGAAAUGAACUGUCCAGACAAUAAAUGUCCUCAUAAGAAUUUUACCACUCCUGGAGAAUGCUGCCCAAUUUGUGGGGAACCUGAAGUUUUGAUGAGCACUAAAAAGUGCAUAUUUAACGGUAGGACCUAUUCCCCAGGUAGCAAAUUUCAUCCCUUUCUUAUACCGAUUGGCUUCGAUGACUGUACAGUUUGUACAUGUGAUCCUCUAGAUUUAGAAAUUAAAUGCAAAAGAAUAGAUAGCAACACUGACAAAUGCGGCAAAGGUGCUGCUACUACUCCAGAUACUAUGGGUGAAGACAAUAUAAGAAAAUGGCCUGUACAGCGAAAAGAAGAAGUUUCUAAUUCUGAGCUGAUUUUAAAGGAAGGUGGUUGUAAAAAUCGUAUUAAUCCAGAAAAACCCUACAAAAAUCAAAGCACAUACCAUCCAUACAUUUCUUCUCUUGGAGAAUAUAAAUGUGUGACCUGUAAAUGCCAAAAUGGUACAUCAACCUGUUUAAGAGAACGCUGUGAAUGGAAAAAUUGCAAAAUGAUAUUUGAGUUGCGAAAAUCAAAAUCGAGAAACAACAAGAAGAGUUUCCCAGAAGAAUAUUGCUGUACAAUUAAAGAAUGUAGGAGAAUUAGGCACAGGAAGAAGCUAGAAGAAAGGGCUUCGCACAAACAGUGA